UCCUAGGGUUUAAGACUGCGCAAUGAAUCUCGGCAACGCUCCUCUCUAGCCUCCUCUGUGUCUUCUGCUUCAUUGCGAAACCCUACUUCGACUCCGCCUGCUUCGAUCAUUCUGGGAUUCAGCAAGGGAGUGAUUCCUGAGAUAUGGAUCGGUACCAGAAAGUGGAGAAGCCGCGGCCAGAGUCGGCGGCGAUCAGCGAGAACGAGAUCCGCAUCACCUCGCAGGGACUCAUCCGUAACUAUGUCAACUACGCCUCCAGUCUCCUUCAGGAAAGAAAUUUGAAGGUGAUUGUGUUGAAGGCAAUGGGAAUGGCAAUCAGCAAAGCUGUAGCUGCUACUGAAAUUAUCAAGAAAUGGAAUCCACAUUUACAUCAAGAUGUCUCAAUAAGUUCCGUCAGUAUCACUGAUGUUUGGGAGCCUAUUGAAGAGGGUUUGGUUCCGUUGGAGACGAAACGUCUUGUUUCCGUGAUCUCUAUAACUUUGUCAAUCAUAGAGCCUAAAAAGAAGACGCCAGGUUAUCAAGCACCAGCACAAGUUGAACAACCAAAGCGUCAACAGAAGUCUCAACAAUUACAGCAGCCGCAGCAGCAACAACAACAACAUCGACAAACAUUAGGUCAACUUAAUCAAGAUUCAUAUGGGCGGGAGCGCAGUAGGGGUAGUGUAAGAGGAAGGGGCUGGGCAAGAGGUGGAUACGGUGGAUAUAACAAUGAUCAGGGUGGGUAUUAUGGUUACCGCAACAAUCAAGGGGGGUACAACGGUGGGGGCUACAACAGUGGGGGCUACAACGGUUUCAGCUAUAAUCAAGGUGGAUAUGGUGGCUACCGAAGCAAUCAAGAAAAUGGUGGAUGGAACACAAACUGGAGCCGAGGUGGUGGGUCAGGUAGAGGUUGGAAUUCUCGUGGUGCAGGUCCAGUCUAUGGAGGAGGAUUUGGAGGUGGACCAGGUGGUGGUGGAAGGAGUGGCAAUGGCAAUGGCAAUGGCGGCGGCAGAGGUUAUGUUCGUGGGCGAGGACGGGUAGGCAGCCGUGGAAGAGGAGGAUACUAGCUUUCCUUGGUAUCCAUCGUGAUCAACUGUCCACUGUCCAGGCCAAUUUGAGUUUUAGAUAAUAGGCGCCCGAGCUGAGUGCGUUCAAGAACAUGUUUUCAUAAUAUUCAGAUUCGUCAGCCAUUUUCUCGGUUGUAAGUUUAGCUUCGCAAUCUUGUUGAAGACUCAUUAGCAUUUUACGCACGGUGUGAAUGUUUCCAAUUACGCCAGUCAAUUCUACCAACAUUCGUUGUAUUCGAACAUGUAAUUGUUGAAACCCCAUCUGUUUGUUUGCCCCUGGCAUCUUUCUUUAACUGCCGACUCCGGAGGGAGAGCUGGUGUAAACAAUGGUAGAGACUGAUUUAGGUAUUGAAAUUGUGGCUUGUUUCUAA